GGUGGCCUACAGUUCGUGGGGUCACAAGGAGUUGGACACAGUUGAGAGACUGAGCACACACAGGGAGUCCACUUGCCCUUGGACCUGUUCCCUGGAUUUGGCCCCUCACAAGUCCUCUUUCCCGAUGGCUUCGUCUCUGACACUGUACGGAGAGGUCCUUGGGAGGCUCCACUGCUCGCAUGUGGUCUGAACAUUGUUUUUUCCUUACAGAAAACGGGAAGUCUCCACGUUUCCCUCCAUCCAAGAGCUAAUGUUGAGGGGUGUUUGCAUUGGCUGAAAGGACUCAGAAUUCACCAGGCUUUUUGGUGCCAGACCUCUUCGUGCCUCAGUGGUCUGCCUGGAACCCAACUGCCUCUUUGUGGUCGGGAGCAAAGACCAGGAAGCUCUGUCUUUGAACCUGAUGUGUCUGGCUUGUUUGCGAUGAAAACAAAGGCCAGUUCCAUCCUCCAGGCUUGUCUGGUCAAAUGGGGCUGACACAGCCCUUCCCAUCCCCAGAAUACAGCCCGCCUUGAGCUGGUUUCCGUCCUGUGGCAACUUGCCCUCGGCCCCCAGGGACUGUGCUAGGUCUCCUUAACACCCCCGGCCAUUAUGCUACAGAACACUUGGGUUGCCUUGCCCUGUCCCUGGAACUGACUCCCAAAUCCCAGUUAUACUGCUUCCCAGAAUUGAACUGUCCCCACAGUUUCCCUUUCCCUUGUUUGUCAGCUCUUUCCUCCAGGGUCUGGGUAUGUUGGCUUUGCUUCCUGUAGCCAUGUUUUAAAUAAUAUAUUUUGAGUCUGAUAAGUGCCCCCACUGAGCCUGGGGCUUUCCAAGGACCAAGGACUGCUUCCUCGCUAUUGUCCCCUUUAUCCUUUCAACAAACAUUCAUUUAGUUUCUACUCUGUGCAAGUUAAACAUGAUGAGGGCCUUGCUCUCACAGAGCCAUGCCAUUGGUAAGACAGACAAACAUGUUUGCACUAAGUCUGAUGAGAAUAGGCCAGGCCGGUCCUGUGGGCUUGGGCUCAUAGGAAAGGGACCUCGGUUGGUUGGGUUAGGGUCGGGUGUGUGUGUGUGUGAGGAGGGACAGCUGCCUGAAGAAGGUGGCAUCUGACAUGACGCCUUCAGCAGGCCAUGCAGGGCAGGACCAUGUGGACUUCGGCUCAACUGAGCCACACACGGUGCUUUUCCAUGAGCCAGGCAGCUCCUCCGUGUGGGUGGGCGGACGCAACAGAGUCUAUGUCUUUGACUUCUCCAAGGGCAGGAACGCCUCUGUGCGCACGGUGAACAUUGGCUCCACCAAGGGGUCCUGCCGGGACAAGCAGGACUGUGAGAACUACAUCACACUCCUGGAGAAGCAGAACGAGGGGCUGCUGGCCUGUGGCACCAACGCUCGGCACCCCAGCUGCUGGAUCCUGGUGAACGACUCUGCAGAGUUUCUUGGGGAGAGGAGAGGUUAUGCGCCCUUCAGCCCAGAUGAGAACUCCCUGGUUCUGUUUGACGGGGACGAGGUGUACUCCACCAUCCGGAAGCAGGAAUAUAACGGGAAAAUCCCUAGGUUCCGCCGCAUCAGGGGUGAGAUUGAGCUGUACACCAGUGACACCGUCAUGCAGAACCCGCAGUUCAUCAAGGCCACCAUUGUGCACCAAGACCAGGCCUACGAUGACAAGAUCUACUACUUCUUCCGGGAGGACAACCCUGACAAGAAUCCCGAGGCCCCUCUCAACGUGUCCCGCGUGGCCCAGCUGUGUAGGGGGGACCAGGGUGGUGAGAGUUCACUGUCGGUCUCCAAGUGGAACACCUUCCUGAAAGCCAUGCUGGUGUGCAGUGAUGCCACUACCAAUAAGAACUUCAACCGGCUCCAGGAUGUCUUCCUGCUCCCCGACCCUAAUGGCCACUGGAAGGACACUAGGGUCUAUGGCGUCUUUUCCAACCCCUGGAACUACUCGGCUGUCUGCGUGUACUCCCUCGGUGACAUUGACAAGGUCUUCUGCACUUCCUCACUCAAGGGCUACCACUCGAGCCUCCCCAACCCACGGCCUGGCAAGUGUCUGCCAGACCGGCAGCCGAUACCCACAGAGACCUUCCAGGUGGCCGACAGUCACCCUGAGGUGGUGCAGAGGGUGGAACCCAUGGGGCCUCUGAAGACGCCACUGUUCCACUCCAAGUACCACUACCAGAAAGUGGUUGUCCACCGCAUGCAUGCCAGCAAUGGGGAGACCUUCCAUGUGCUUUACCUAACCACAGACAAGGGCACCAUCCACAAGGUGGUGGAGCCGGGGGAGCGGGAGCACGGCCUUGUCUUCAACAUCUUGGAGAUCCAGCCCUUCCGCCGGGCGGCCGCCAUCCAGGCCAUGUCACUGGACGCUGACCGGCGGAAACUGUAUGUGAACUCCCAGUGGGAGGUGAGCCAGGUACCCUUGGACCUGUGUGAAGUCUACACCGGGGGCUGUCAUGGCUGCCUCAUGGCCCGCGACCCCUACUGCGGCUGGUACCAGGACCGCUGUGUCUCCAUCUACAGCUCCCAAGAGCCAGUGCUGCAGUCCAUCAAUCCAGUCGAGCCACACAAGGGGUGCCCCAACCCGAAGCCAGAACAGGCCCCGCUGCAGAAGGUUUCCCUGGCCCAGAACUCCCGCUACUACCUGAGCUGCCCCAUGGAGUCCCACCACGCCACCUACUCCUGGCGCCACGAGAACAGUGUGGAGCAGAGCUGUGAGCCCGGCCACCAGAGCCCCAACUGCAUCCUGUUCAUUGAGAACCUCACGGACCUCCACUACGGCCACUACUACUGUGAGGCCCAGGAGGGCUCCUACCUCCGUGAAGCUCAGCACUGGGAGCUGCUACGCGAGGACAGCGCCAUGACCUCGCAGCUGCUGGGCCACGCCUGCACCCUGGCCACCAGCCUCUGGCUGGGUGUCCUGCCCACGCUCAUGCUUGGCCUGCUGGUCCAUUAGAGCCUCACGGGGCCGGGUAUGCUGCAGGCCUCUGCAGCCCCGAGGCACUGGAAAAGUCUCACAUCCAGAACCGGCGGGGCCCGCGAGCUCCUUGCCCACCACUUCUUCCCAGGGGGACUGCGUAAACCUGACGGGGGACACCGGGCCUGCAGAUGGCCAGCCGCAGGCGGCUGUUGGGCCCCCGUGGGGCGAGGGUGUUGCGGGCCACAGAAUGCAGGCUCUGACUCUGAAGCUGGGGCCUUGAUGACCCAAGACU